AGCAACGUUCUCCAUGUGGAUGCUACAGGAGUCCAGCGUUCAGAAUUCUGUUUCCAGGCACCAAGAAAAAAAGAGAGAGGGCUACCCUCCAAACCAGCCUGAAUGAGCUUAGCUGUGCUCUAAAUCCCUGCUGGCGAUCUGGCCUUGACAUCUCAGCCUGGGGGUUCUCCCACUUAGCAUUUGCACAAGUCCAGAUGAAAUCUAAUGACAAACUGAAGUGAAUUAACUAGAAAUGGGGAGGCAAUUCAAUGUGCAUUAUGAAUUUAAGGGAGUGCUUAGGAGGUGGGGACAACACUCCACCAAGGCUUUCCGUGGGUGUCUUAUAGAACUCUUGCUGUGUGUAAACAGACUCACUCCUGCUUAGCCUUAGCAAGCAAAACAUUUCAGCACACGAUGAAGUAACAAAAAGAGAGAGAGAGAAUCGUCGAAGAGGAUGGAUGUUUCACCAGCUCAUUCUCUGCAGUCGUGGCUGGGUGGGGGAACUCUUUUCCGUUCCUGCUGAGAAGACAGAGCCAGCGUGUUGCCUGAAGGAUCCAGGAGGUACAGCUUAGAUGCAAACCUGUGUUGUUGUUUUUGGCAGGCAGAAAAUAUUGCAGCUAGGGAUUGGGAGCCACCUUAAAAGUGGUAGCUAGAGCUGUCAGGCUGAGUGGGGAAGCACUCAGACCAAGAGAGACAGCAGUUGCCAGCAAAGACAAGCUCUAUCCACAACAGCACAGCAAGCAGCCUGGAAGAAGAAAACAGACAUUGCUCCCAAGCACUCCUUGCCCCCUAUGCUUGCCUGCAUUUCUUGACACCCAAGAAGCCAGCCAGCCAGCUAAGCCUCCUGGAUUAUAAGGGCCAAAGCUACAGAUGACAGACUUGGGCAUUCAAAGCCAUCUGCUCUGUUUAUUUGGUUGUCCUCCUAAGUAAAAGGGAAGAAAAGGAAGGGAGGAAAGGAAAGCAAGCUUCUGGUAACUUGAACGUCUCACCGUGGUAUCAAAGUCAAGCUGGACCUUUCUGAUUCUGCUAUUAGCACACAGAUCCUGCGACUGGAUUUGAAGACACUGGCGUUUCUCCAGGAAGCAUUUUCUGAUGGCACUCCUAGCUACAGCGGAGAUAAAGAUGGCUCUGCGGAGACCAGGCACAUUGGCGUUCAUCCUGAUCAGGAUCUGAGUUCUGCUGUAGAAAAACAACAGUGACUCAGUAGACAUCUGCAGAGCAAAACUUGAGCGAUGGUCCAGAAUAAUUUCUUGUUCUAGAGGUGCAGCUCCUCCUGAAGACCUCUGCUAAGGGUGGAGACAGCCUCCCCAAAGCUCGCCUGAAAGAUGAACGAUGGCACCUGGAUCACCCUUAGUCCGGCAGAGUUUGCUCAGCUCCAGCAGUAUUCUGAGUAUUCCACAAAGAAACUGAAAGAUGUUUUGGAAGAGUUCCAUGGAGAUGGUGUCCUAGCAAAAUAUAAUCCAGAACAGAAACAAGACACUCUGAACCAACCAAUUGACUAUGAGGGGUUCCAGCUGUUCAUGAGAACAUAUCUGGAGGUGGAUAUUCCAGAGGAGCUCUGCCAGCACCUCUUCAUGUCCUUCAAACGAAAAAUCUGCCAAUAUUCCCCAGAGAGCCAGCGACAAAGUUCCAGCAUUACACAGCUCAGCAAUCUUGAGUCUAAGUCCAUUGAUACAGGCAUCUCUAUCCAGACUGAAGUUGCUUGCGCCCCUGUUACAGGGAUCAAUGGGAAAACUCUCCUAACUGCCACAGGAAGGCACACACCUGAACCCAAAAGCUCCCCGGGAAACCUGGCAGAGCCACAAACAGCAUCUCUAAGUCCUGCUCCAACUGCCAAUGCCAACGCCCUUGGGAAUGCCUCACCUAGCUGGUCCAGGUCAUCUUCACAGAAAUCCACUGCUGGUACCCCCUCGGCUCAAAACUCCUCAGGGUCCUCCAAGCUCUCCUCAGGUUCUCUGCUUAGCCCACAGUCCCCAGGCUCCAGAAGCUUGGAGAAGAAAUUACCAUUCAGCCUUCGAAAGAGCCACAUCUCCCUGAAAACAGCCAGUCCGCAUUUGUCAGCCCCACUGGCUCAGGUAGUCUACCUGAAGGACAUUGUCUGCUACCUGUCACUGCUGGAAAGGGGACGGGCUGAGGAUAAGCUGGAGUUUAUGUUUCGCCUCUAUGACACAGAUGGCAAUGGUCUCCUGGACAGCUCGGAGCUAGAUCGUAUUAUCAAUCAGAUGGUUCAUGUAGCAGAAUACCUUGAGUGGGACUCCACAGAACUGAGGCCGAUCUUGAAAGAGAUGAUGGAAGAAAUAGACUAUGAUCAUGAUGGAACUGUGACACUGGAAGAGUGGAUUCGGGGUGGCAUGACCACUAUUCCUUUGCUGGUUCUGCUGGGCAUGGAAACUAAUGUAAAGGAUGAUGGACAGCAUGCGUGGAGGCUGAAGCACUUCAAGAAGCCUGCCUACUGCAACUUUUGUCGCACUAUGCUGCUGGGCGUCAGGAAGCAAGGCCUGUGCUGCUCCUUUUGUAAAUACACAGUCCAUGAAAGAUGCGUGUCCAAAGAGAUUGCCCCCUGCAUCAGCACUUACGUGAAAUCAAAGAGAAAUACAACUGUCAUGCAGCACACAUGGAUUGAGGGGAACUCCCCAGCCAAAUGUGACCGUUGUCAUAAAAGCAUCAAGAGCUACCAGGGCAUUACCGGACUACAUUGUGUAUGGUGCCAAAUCACACUUCACAACAAAUGUGCCUCUCAUGUGAAGCCUGAGUGUGAUGGUGGGCAGCUCAAAGACCACAUCUUAUUGCCUUCGCACAUCUGCCCAGUUGUUCUGGAUAGACAAUCCCACCCAAGAAGAUCAGACAGUGAAUCGCCAUCCAGCACAUCCCCAGAUGAUACAACCCUGGCCUUCAGAUACAACACCACCACGGUGGAUGGGCAUGGACUACAGAUCACCCCUAAGCCUGGAACGCAUCCACUGUUGGUGUUUGUGAACCCCAAGAGUGGAGGAAGACAAGGAGAAAGGGUUCAUCGGAAAUUCCAUUAUCUACUCAACCCCAGACAAGUUUACAACCUGGAUCGAGGAGGACCCACUCCUGGUUUAAACUUUUUCCGUGAUGCUCCAGACUUCCGUAUUCUGGCUUGUGGAGGAGAUGGGACCGUUGGAUGGAUCCUGGACUGCAUAGAUAAGAUAAACAUAGCAAAACACCCUCCUGUGGCUAUCCUGCCCCUGGGAACAGGCAAUGACCUUGCCCGCUGCCUACGAUGGGGCGGAGGUUAUGAAGGUGGCAACUUAAUGAAGGUCCUGAAGGACAUUGAACACAGUGCAGAGGUAAUGCUGGACCGAUGGCAAAUUGAUGUCAUCCCUAUUGACAAAGAGGAGAAUGGGGACCCUGUCCCUUACAGUAUCAUCAACAACUACUUCUCUAUAGGAGUGGAUGCAUCCAUUGCACACAGAUUCCACAUGAUGAGGGAAAAACAUCCGGAAAAGUUUAAUAGCAGAAUGAAGAAUAAACUUUGGUAUUUUGAAUUUGGCACAACGGAAACCUUUGCCGCCACCUGCAAGAAGCUCCACGACUAUGUAGAGAUUGAGUGUGAUGGGACAGUUUUGGAUCUGAGUAGCACUUCACUGGAAGGUAUCGCAGUCCUCAACAUUCCCAGCAUGUAUGGCGGCUCCAAUCUCUGGGGGGAGACCAAGAAACAACGCAGCUAUAACCGGAUGAGCAAGAAGGUACCUGAAAAGUUACAAUCCUCAGUGGUUACUGAUGCCAAGGAGCUCAAGUUCUGUGUUCAAGAUCUCAGCGAUCAACUCCUGGAAGUUGUGGGCCUUGAAGGGGCGAUGGAGAUGGGGCAGAUCUAUACUGGACUGAAAAGUGCUGGCAAGAGGCUAGCUCAGUGUUCCUCCGUUACCAUCAGGACAACCAAGCUUUUGCCCAUGCAAGUGGAUGGAGAGCCCUGGAUGCAGCCACCUUGCACAAUUAAAAUCACCCACAAAAGCCAAGUGCCGAUGUUACUGGGACCUCCCCAAAAGAGCAGCUUCUUCUUCCUGAGGAGGAGGAACCGAACUCGAGACUAAUCUGCAACCAAGCAAAAGAACAAUCUUCUGAAGCAGCAGUUCUCCAUUCCAGUGGCAGUCGACCGCACAGCGGGAAAGCCUAUGGAAAGAAACCUUCAUCUCUUCAGAUCUCCUGGCUUCUGAAUCUGCUUCGGAAACAUCAGUCUGGAGGCAGCAUUAUGAACUCUUAGUGGAAAAUAACAGGGUUGGCAUUCGGCAGCCGAACUGAAAUAGCGGUGUGGGUUUGUAUAUACAUGCACACAUAGCCACAUUCUCUAAAUAUCACUGGCAGGGAUAACACUAACAUUGAUGGUUCAGGGGGAUUUUUCUCCUCUGCAGCGCCACAGUCUAAGGAGGAGAAACUCUCAAAACUGCUCUGGUUGGACUGUGGCGAGAGUUGAGACUGUUCUGAGGAGAGCUGUUCUAGGCGGCCAUGAAUUGCACAGCCCUGUCUGAAAGCAAACAAACAGACAUGGAAAAUGGCAUGUCUGACGUAGCCCUGCAGAUGGGAUGUGGGAUCUUUUCCAUUUAUUCGGACUCUUUAGAACCCCAGAAGCUGCUGUUAAAACACCAAACUUGGCAAAGAAACCGAGCUUCACUUAUUUAUUUAUUUUAAAGUAUGUCAGAAGACUUUUGGCAUCUCGCUGUGCUGCCCUCUUGGGUCACCAAAUCCUACACAUGAUAAGAAAUGUUCUUUAUUUAUUUUUUCCUUAGCUUGGGGGGGGACGACACUGGGGAAGGUAAGAAGGGAAAGGAGGAGGGCACAUUAUUAUCCACCACCCCCAAACUCUUACAACAGCAGUGUCUUUUGCUAGCUUGGUUCUAAUUUUAUUUUAUUUUUUUAAGCAGAAGCUGGUUAGGCGUUCCAUUUCAGAGGCUUAUGAAUGCAGAAAGCAGAGAUUGCCAAGUGAGGAAACCAGAAAGAGUGAAGUUGACAAUAAAAAAGGCAGGAGCCUUUUUUGGCAGUAAAAAGCAAACUCAGGGUACUUUAAAUGUAUGAAUAACAAGUCAGUUUGGUCUAUGAUGACGAUGACAACCUCACCAACUUGGGGAUCCUUUCAGCUUAGAUGUAGGCCACGCUUCUCUCUGUUAAUAUUUUUGCAUUCUCCUUUCAGUUCUGGACGCUUUUCUUUUCUUCAGUCUGACCACAUCUGACACAUGUGAACAUGUUUUUAAGUUUUCUCUGGCAGCACUGAUUGAGAGCUCUGCCAGAACUCACUCUCAUCAUGGGACUGACUUUAGUCCAGUGGCAAAAAUUGCAAAUCAAGUGCUGGAUGUGUUACAACGGCCUAAGCAUGCGGCAAGGAUUGAACCCCAAUACCAAGAGCUAACUCCAUGGCUGGCAUUUGAAUGUCAUUAAAGGCCAGCUUGGUCCCAUGAUGAAAUGUAAGCAUACACAGAGGUCAUCCUAAAGAGCUAAUAUUUCCCCCCCACACACCAUGUAUUUGUUCCUGUAACAGAGCAGCACAGAAGAGAACUCUGAAAAACUCACAAAGAGGAGAGAUUAAAAUGGCUCUAUGUUUGAAUAUGAAUUGAAUACCCAGGUUAGCUGCUAUUCUUCCAUGCUCUAACUCUUUUAACUGCAUAGACUGUGAGUCAGAUUUUGAGUUGUCCAAAAGCAAAACUUGGCAGUCAAGCCACAUUGGGUUUGGAUCCACCAGUAGCCCACAUGCCACCUUGGUGCAAUUCCUAUUUUUUCUUCAAGAGAGGAAUCCACAAACAGCUUGAAUAGCCUGUAACAUAACUCCUCUUCAAAGCAGACCAGUCAUUGGCAAAUGGGCCUAUGAAAGAUUGUUUUUAUUACAUCAUCAAAGGAAAAGAGUCUGAGCCAGACGAUGUUCUUAAUGUAACCUUCUUCUGUGUGAGAUAGCCUUGCAGGAUUUUGUUUGGGUGGCUCUUUGCCCUGGUUUGAAGCCGCUCAGGGUCAGCAAGCAUGCCUCAUUCACAUUUAACCGCAGAAGAAUAAGGAAGUGUUAACUGACUCUCCUUGUUGGCUGACAGAACCACGUGGAAGGCUCGCCUCUACAUAUCUGAAAGAAAGGAAUGCAAUCUUUGAUUUAUUCUUUGAAAGUGGAAAAAGCUGGUGGCACAAUUCCAACUAUUAUGCCUAUUUAUUUUACUUCUUAAAUAAUGAGGAAGGGUGUUCUCAGCUAAUGUAAUUCUUUCUAGAUGAAGUCACUUGGCUUCACCUAGAACAAACCCUGCCUAACACUCUCAAUAAGCUAGGAAAUCUGGUGGAGACCUUGACAACAUGACUGUAUUUUCAUAGAUAACUGUGUUGCCGUCACGAACCCCACAGUGUUACAUUUGGGACCCAUUCAGAUGAUAGCAUUUAUCUGAGCAAGAAGCAAAAGGCAGAACAAACUGUGGUGGCUGUGCAGAUUUGUUCUUACAGCUGGAAAUUGAGGAAUCUCCCCAAAGAGGGAUAUUUUGGCUUUGUGGUCUCAGGAAUGAUUAAGCCCUAUUUACUGCGUUACCUCUUUAGGGCUGCAUGACAGCUGCUUCCACAGAGGGACCAUUUACACUCAACAAGUCUCCAUGCGCUGCUUAUUUCUGUGAGGCAGAAGAUACCCCAUUGGCUGCCAGCUACAUUAUCCUACCUGCUUCCCUUUCUCCCUUCCCAAAGCUCCAUUUCCUUCAUGCUCAACUCACCUGUCUCUGAACGUUUUUGCAUCACAAUAUCAUUGUCUCUUUUCUUUUCUGCAUUCUGCUUUUCAGGGUUUUUGGUUCAAUGCUGCAAAUAUAGCUUGUUCUCUCUUUUCUCAAAUAUAAUUAUCUUCUGCCAUUGAAUUGAUAUUUGGCCUGGUUUGAUUUGGGUUUAAUUGACUGUACAGCAAAGAACAAAGGAAAAUAAUUUACCCAGAAGCCAGCAACUAGAAGCUCAGGAUUCUUGAGUUGCCAAGGAGAAAAACAACACAGCACAAAUUCUGUCCCCCUUGGGGAUUUCCAUGCAGUUGCAACCAGAUCUUAGCCCACUUUAUCAAUCUGGUGCAAAAGUAAAGGAGAGGCAAGUGUUAAGCACUAGGCAUUUCUGUCUCCCCCAAUCUGGUACCUUCCAGAUACUCUGGACUGUAACUGGCCAUUGUCCUGACCGUCAUCCCUGACCAUUGUCCAUGCUAAGCUAUAGUCCAAAAUACAUGGAGAGCACCAACUUGGGGAAGGCUGAAGUAGAUUCUUAACAAUAAAGGUCGUAAGAUACUAACCGAGAAAACUAAAGGCAAUGGGCCAGGAUUCAGUACAUUGAAAAUAUUAGUUUCUCCCUCUCUGAAAUGUGAGGACAUGCCUAUGCCACAAAUUUAAGCUGGGUUGCUGAUGAGUCCCUUCCUCAGGGAACUAUCAUUCUAUGAAGAGGACCAGUAGCAGAAUUCUCAGGCCCCUAACAAAAACUAUAAUUCUUAUCAUUUGUUGGGGGAAGUCAUAACAAUUAAACUGGCAUAAAGCACAACUAUGAAACUGUUGUUUGUAGACAUGCUGUGGGUGAUUUGAUUCAGGACUAGCAGGCUGGCUUACUGAGGAACUCAGUAUCUUGUUUCUUAUAGGACUGUUCAACUGAUAAAAUUGCACUGGUUUAAUUAUAACUAAAUCCACCUUCUGACAAGGAUUACUGGUAUCUGGAUUUGAAAUAAUUCUGGAAAACCGUCAGUGGCUCAAUUGUUAAAAUGGAGCAGGAAAACAAUCACAGAAGGAAGGAGUCUAUAUAAACAGUAAAUAAAUGUUCAAAAAAAAUCUUUAACCAGACAGGCAGUGUAGAAGUAGCUGAGAUUUGUGAAGAAUAGAAAUCAAGAGCUCAGAAUGAGUUAUGGGCAACCAAAGGCACAUUAAAAACGAACAAAUUCUCAUAAAGAAAGCAGCUGGGCUAAAUUCAUAUCUUAAAAUCAGAUAUUAACAAAGGUUGGUGGAGAUUAGGUAAGAAUAGGAAAUAGAUUCUCUUCCAGACUAGCAAAAUGAGAUUCUGAGGCUCCUGGAGAAAAUGACAAUUGAAUGGUUCAGGGGACAAGAAUACCUAAUUGUAUUUGCCAGAUUCCAUGCCUAAGUACUCACUAACACUUAUCAGUUGGUCAGCUUUAAACAACUGACUUAUUGCCACAAUUUUUAGGGGCCAAAUAGUGCUUUGCUGUCUGGUGUGACUGAGGCUUUGCUACGUUUCUGAAAUGUCAAAGCAUCACAGAGAUGCUUGGUGAUUAAGAAGGAAGUAGGAAGGUGCUGUACUUUCAGGGGGGGAAUAGCAAAGUUAGCUCCAAUGGCAUGGGAAGACAGCAACCUUGCUGAAGCUAAUACAUCUAAUUUUAGAUGCCUUUUGAAAAUAUAACAAUGAGCUGGGUUGCAUGUAAUGUAACCCUAAGUCAAACCAUGGCUUAGCUUGAACACAGAAGCAUGAGGGCUCCUGGUGAGGAGAUCACAGCAGCUCCACUCAUGAUCCUCCUGCUGCUGAGCUAAGCCAUAGUUUGGCUGAGAGUGUCCUUUGAACCCCAGGCUCAUGGCUUGUCUCCUCCAGACAAACCACAAACUGUAAACACAAGAACAACAUUCAGUUGCCCCUCAUGUUUAGUCUGGAGUGACACCAACUACAAACCUGGGAUUGGAUGAAACUAAGCCAAACCAUAGCUAAGCUCAUGGCAGUACAGGAGGAGGAGUUACAAAGGCGCCACCAUCUCCUCUCCGGGAACUUGCACAUUCACACUAAGCCACUGUUGACAGUUCACUUAAUAUUAAUCAGGGCAGCCAAAAGCAAAGUAGCAUUUUUAGUGUUUCCCAUUCAGUAACAAAAAUAAUAAUAACAUAAUCUAAAAACCACAGUAUACCAGCCAGGCUAGACAUCACCUCUUAUUUUAUACCCUAAUACAAAUAAAUUUAAAAAGGAUAUCCUGGAUAUCACAGGAAACAUUCUGGAGAACAGCCAACAAGAGGCAUGAAAUGACAUGCUGCCUGAUGUUUACUUGGAAGUUAAGUCCUACUGGAAUCAAUGAGACUUACUCCCUCCUAAACAUACACAGGAUGCAGAUGACAACCCAAUCCUAAAUCUGGUGCACUUAAUGUGAAAAUGAACAUUUAUGAUCAGGCUGCUCUGGGUCAGUAGGCAAGCCAAGAAAAAGAUUUAGAUGGCUAAAAAAUAAUAAUAUUGUCCAAUUCCUAUAGGGUUAGAGAAAGGUUGCUGAGAUGGCUUAUAAAAAAAAGGGUUAAGAAACAAUGCAUUGUUUGCCCUCCAAAAAUCCACCCUCCCAUACAGGGAGAGAAAAAUAGCCAGAGGGCAGACAUUGAAUGAAGGAGAGAUACUUAAACAGCAGAAGUGGUUGUAGAGCAUCACAGCAGCUUUAAAACCCAGAUGAUCUGGCCACACUCAAGAAUCCCAUAAUUUAAAAUAAUCCUUGCCUUCCACCCAGUGCCAAGUAUAACUUGGCAAAUUGAAGGCUUUAACAUGCUCUUUUAUUAGUACACAGCUCUAGAGGCAUCUCAACAGUAAGCAGUAAGCUACAGACAUUUGCACAAAUGAACAAAACAUGAACUGGCAAAACCUUGCAGCAGUAUGUUUAAGUAGGGUAGCAGCUAGGCUUUGGUAAUCAGAACAAUCUGGGAUAGUGCUGUUUUCUGUCAUCCCCCCCCCCCAA